AUGACUGAGCAAACCAGUACUGCAGCUUUUGAAGUUGGGACUAAGACAAAUGACAUGAUGGACGAUGAGAAUGCUCUACUACAACAGGCCCUUGCAAUGUCGAUGGAUGAUCCUGCAGUUAGCCAUGAUGUAAAAGAUGCAGAUAUGUCUGAAGCAGCUACGGAUGACCCUGAGUUGGCUAGAGCUUUCCAAUUGUCAGUAUCAGAACCCCCCAACGAUACAGUCGGUAGAUUGUUGGCGGACCAGUCCUUUGUAUCUUCUAUCCUUGCAUCGCUUCCUGGGGUUGACCCAAAUGAUCCAUCGGUCAAAGAUUUGCUGGCUUCCAUGCAAAAUCAGUCUGAAUCUCAGAAGAAGAAUGACGAGGAGCGACCAAAUGAGGAGGAGAAGAAGUAA